AUGGCAAUUAUACCUUGUGGGAGUACUUGCGUGAGCCGGUGGGCCGUUCAACCUAAUUUUGCACUUAGGCCCUCUUUCACAAAUAAAUUAUGCACGUCCUCACAUAGUUCAUCAAGCAGGAACAAAUCAGUGGCAUCACGAAGUUUCGCAUUUUUUUCACAAGAACCACUAAAUGCUCUUUCCAGUUCAAGAUCAUACAAGAAUCCAUGUCAGAGGAGGGGAGCUCGGUUCAUUGUUAGAGCUGAUAGAGACUACUAUUCCGUGCUUGGUGUAUCUAAAAACUCGAGCAAGUCGGAGAUAAAAAGCGCCUAUAGGAAGCUGGCCAGAAGCUAUCAUCCGGACGUGAACAAAGAAGCUGGAGCAGAGGAAAAGUUCAAGGAGAUUAGUAAUGCAUACGAGGUUUUAUCAGACGAUGAGAAGCGCUCGAUUUACGACAGAUAUGGCGAAGCAGGCCUUAAAGGCGCAGGCAUGGGCAUGGGGUCCCUCUUCGAGGGCAUGGGCGGCGGCCCCCGCCGCAGCCGAGCAACGGAGGGCGAGGACCAGCUCUACACCCUCGUCCUCGAUUUCAAAGAUGCCGUCUUCGGCACCGACAAGGAAAUCGAGAUCUCCCGCCUCGACUCCUGCCCGACCUGCAACGGCUCCGGCGCGAAACCCGGCACCACUCCCUCCACCUGCGCUGCGUGCUCCGGCCAGGGCCAGGUCAUCUCCUCCGCGCGGACCCCUCUCGGAGUCUUCCAACAGGUCUCCACCUGCUCGGCCUGCGGCGGCUCCGGCGAGACCUCCGCCCCGUGCCCCGCCUGCGGCGGCCACGGCCGCCUCCGGAAAUCCAAGCGGAUAAGCCUGAAAGUCCCCGCCGGAGUCGACUCCGGCAGCCGGCUCCGGGUCCGGUCGGAAGGGAACGCGGGCCUGAGGGGGGGCCCGCCGGGAGACCUCUUCGUGGCGAUUGAGGUUCGGGAAGACCCGGUUUUGAAGAGGGACGAGACGAAUGUACUGUACACGUGUAAGGUGCCGUACACAGAAGCGAUUCUCGGGACGACGGUGAAAGUGCCGACCGUAGAUGGGAUGGUGGAUUUGAAAAUCCCGGCGGGGACUCAGCCGGGGACUACACUUGUGAUGGCGAAAAAGGGGGUCCCGUUUUUGAAUAAACGGAAUAUGAGGGGAGAUCAGCUGGUGAAGGUGCAGGUGGAGAUUCCCAAGAGGUUGAGUGGGGAGGAGAGGAAGCUGGUCGAGGAGCUGGCUAGCAUUAGCAAGGAGAAGGAGAAGGAGAAGGAGAAGGCUACUAAUGCUAGGAGGUGA